GACAUGUGAGUCUGAACCACCCAGCGUCUGUGCAGGAGCUGUAAACAUGUUUACCUGAACAGGAAAGAAAAUGGAUUUUUCUCUUAAAGAUCCAGUGAUAUGAAUAACAUACUCUUGAAGCAUAUCAACAGAUGACUUGUGAGAGAAAUUUUCUGAAAACCUGGCUUUUGAAAUCGACGAGGAAAAAAAGAUCCUUGAUUGCUGCAGCAAAUGGCAACUUGUGCAGUCACCAAUUAUAACAAUGUGGUAGAAGCAAACUCAGACUCAGAUGAUGAAGAUAAAUUGCAUAUAGUGGAAGAGGAAAGUGUAACGGAUGCAGCAGACUGUGAUGCUAGUGUGCCAGAAGAUGACUUGCCAACGGACCAUAUAGUGUUACCAGAAAACAGUGAAAGAGAAGCGAGUACAAACACUUGUUGGGAAGAUGAAGCUGGAAAAGAAAGAAAGGAAAUCCUGGGGCCUGAAGCUCAGACAGAUGAAAUUGGAUGUACAGUAAAAGAAGAUGAAUGUGAUUCUGAUGCAGAGAAUGAGCAAAACCAUGACCCUAAUGUCGAAGAAUUCCUCCAACAAGAAGAUACAGCUGUUAUCUACCCUGAAGCACCUGAGGAGGACCAGAGGCAAGGCACGCCAGAAGCUAGUGGUCAGGAUGAAAAUGGAACACCUGACGCCUUUUCCCAGCUGCUCACGUGCCCGUACUGCGACCGAGGGUACAAGCGUUUCACCUCUCUGAAGGAACACAUCAAAUACCGCCAUGAAAAGAACGAAGAUAACUUCAGCUGCUCCUUGUGCAGUUACACGUUUGCGUACAGAACGCAGCUCGACCGCCACAUGACAUCACACAAAUCAGGAAGAGACCCAAGACAUGUGACGCAGUCCAGCAGUAAUCGAAAAUUCAAGUGCACUGAAUGUGGAAAAGCUUUUAAAUAUAAACAUCACCUAAAGGAGCACCUACGAAUCCACAGUGGAGAGAAGCCAUAUGAGUGCCCAAACUGCAAGAAACGUUUUUCCCAUUCUGGUUCAUACAGUUCACACAUAAGCAGUAAGAAGUGUAUUGGUUUGAUGCCCGUGAAUGGUCGAGCCCGGUCAGGGCUCAAGAUGUCUCAGUGCUCCUCCCCUUCCCUUUCUGCAUCACCAGGUAGCCCAGCAAGACCACAGAUACGACAAAAGAUAGAAAAUAAACCCUUGCAAGAGCAGCUUCCUCUUAACCAAAUUAAAACUGAACCUGUGGAUUAUGAAUUCAAGCCCAUAGUGGUUGCUUCAGGAAUUAAUUGUUCAACCCCUUUGCAAAAUGGGGUUUUUAGUGGUGGUAGCCCGUUGCAGGCAACCAGUUCUCCUCAGGGUGUGGUGCAAGCUGUUGUUCUACCAACAGUAGGUCUGGUGUCUCCCAUAAGCAUCAAUUUAAGUGACAUUCAAAAUGUACUAAAAGUGGCAGUGGAUGGUAACGUAAUAAGGCAAGUACUGGAAAACAAUCAUGCUAAUCUUGCAUCCAAAGAACAAGAAACAAUCAACAAUGCAUCUAUACAACAAGCUGGCCAUUCCCUCAUUUCAGCUAUCAGUCUUCCUUUGGUUGACCAAGAUGGGACAACCAAAAUUAUCAUCAACUACAGCUUGGAGCAGCCAAGUCAACUUCAGGUUGUUCCACAAAAUCUAAAAAAAGAAAACUCUGUUCCUGCAAAUAGUUGCAAAAAUGAGAAAUUACCACAAGAUCUCACAGUGAAGUCUGAGAAAGAUAAGAACUUUGAAGGAGAGACCAACGAUAGCACUUGUCUUCUUUGUGAUGACUGUCCAGGAGAUCUUAAUGCACUUCAAGAAUUAAAGCACUAUGAAACAAAAAGCCCUCCUCAGCUUCCCCAGUCCAGUGGAGCAGAAGCUGAGAAACCCGAGUCCCCUGUCCCAUCAGAAACCGGGGAGAACAACUUGUCUCCUGGUCAGCCACCUUUAAAGAACCUUCUGUCGCUCCUAAAAGCGUAUUAUGCAUUAAAUGCACAACCAAGUGCAGAAGAGCUUUCAAAAAUAGCAGAUUCUGUAAACCUACCACUGGAUGUGGUAAAAAAGUGGUUUGAAAAAAUGCAAGCUGGACAGAUUUCUGUGCAGUCUUCUGGACCAUCUUCUCCUGAACAAGUUAAAUUAAGCAGCCCUGCAGACAACGAUGAUCAAGCAGCAACUUCAAAUGUGAGCGAACCCCAGAACAGCACAAAUAACUCACAAAAUCCUGUCAGUACAACGAAAUCUCAGACUUUACCAGGGGCUUCAGCUCUGAAUGGUUCACACAGUAGCACGCCAUCUGCAUCACCACUAAACCUUUCUUCAUCAAGAAAUUCACAGGGUUACACGUACACGGCAGAGGGUGUACAGGAAGAGCCGCAAAUAGAACCUCUUGACCUUUCGCUACCAAAGCAACAUGGAGAACUGUUGGAAAGAUCUACCAUAACUAGUGUUUACCAGAACAGUGUUUAUUCUGUCCAAGAAGAACCUUUGAACUUAACUUGUGCAAAAAAAGAACCACAAAAGGACAACAGUGUUACAGACUCUGAUCCUAUUGUAAAUGUAAUCCCACCAAGUGCCAAUCCCAUAAAUAUUGCUAUACCUACAGUCACUGCCCAGUUACCUACAAUUGUUGCCAUUGCUGACCAGAACAGUGUUCCCUGCUUGAGAGCUCUCGCUGCCAAUAAGCAAACCAUUUUGAUUCCACAGGUGGCUUAUACAUACUCUACUACAGUUAGUCCUGCAGUUCAUGAGACACCACCAAAACAGACCCAAGCCAAUGGAAAUCAGGAUGAAAGGCAAGACACUAGCUCAGAAGGAAUAUCCAAUUUAGAAGAUCAAAACGAUUCUGAUUCAACACCCCCAAAGAAAAAAAUGAGAAAGACAGAAAAUGGGAUGUAUGCAUGUGAUUUAUGUGACAAAAUAUUCCAGAAGAGCAGCUCGUUAUUGAGACAUAAGUAUGAACACACAGGUAAAAGACCUCACGAGUGUGGAAUCUGUACGAAAGCAUUUAAACACAAACACCAUUUGAUCGAACACAUGCGACUGCAUUCGGGGGAAAAGCCCUACCAAUGUGACAAGUGUGGAAAGAGGUUUUCACACUCGGGCUCUUACUCUCAGCACAUGAACCAUCGCUACUCCUACUGCAAAAGGGAGCCGGAGGAGCGCGACAGCGCCGAGCCCGAGGAGCUGGGCCCCGAGGCGCUGAGCAGCGAGCACGUGGUGGUCAGGGCGUCCCCCUCGCAGAUCGACUCGGAUGAGAGGGAGAGCCUAACCAGGGAAGAGGAGGAAUACAGUGAAAAAGAGGAAGAGGAGGAGGAAGAAAAAGACAUAGAGGGACUUCAGGAAGAAAAAGAAUGUAGGGAACUACAAGAAGUAGGGGAUGCAGUAGGGGAUGCAGUAGGGGAUGCAGUAGCGGAUGCAGUAGGGGAUGCAGAAGAAGUAGCAGCAGUAGAAGAGGAAGAAGGGAAAACUGAAGGUGACAAGAACGAUGAAGCUAUAAAUCAAGCAAGCAAUGCAGAACCAGAAGUUAUACAAAAUAAUGGGCAGGUGUCAGAAGAAAAUAACGAAUAAAGCUUACGUGCUAGGUUUUUUCUAUAAGGAAAAAAAUUGGUAAUGAAGUUCCUUCUAUAUUAUACAUGCUUUUCAUGGAAACGCAGUAGCCUGCAUACUGUGAUUUCUGUUCACUACUGUGUAAAAAAAUAUAUAUAUAAAAAAAAAUGAAAAGGAAAAAAAAAAAAGAAAUCCAGGUGUGCCUGAACCUCAAACUUAGUAAUUUUUCACACAGUUUUCAAAGUUAGGAACAAGUUUAUAACAUGAAGCAGAUUAGAAAAAUACAGUGACUCUGGAAGCAAAGAUUUAACAGGUUGUAGGAAACCUGCUUAUUAGACAAGCAUCUGGCAUUGUUUGUUUUAUCAGUAUUAAUUUUCAUUCUUAAGUUGAUUAAUUUUUAAACUGUACAAUUGGGAGAGAUUUAUAUGAAUUUUUUUUUUUUAUGGUAAAACAUUUCCUAAAUCCGCUUCAGUAUUUUCUUAUGUUUUACAAUGUGAGAACUUCUGCACUACAAAAUUCCCUUUUGCAGAGACGUGUAAUGCAGUUGCAAACAGUGCUUGGCUACCUUUGUAAAUUCAACCUAGAAGGUAGCAGUUUAUGACAUUAGAUGUUGUAGUAGAGCAUAUUAUAAUUUAAAGUGUAUUGUUAGCCUUAAGGAAGAAGAUGAUAGAAGAACUGAAGUUUCUUACUCAUGUGGUUAAAAAUGUAGUUGAGAAGAUUGUCGUUGAGUUCUGAUUGCAGGGACUAACAGUGUUAAUACUGGUAAGGACAGGAAAGUUGUCAAAAACAGUGUUUGUAAUUGUGUUUUGAGUAUGUAGUAACAAUAUGAAGGAUAUGAUAUGAAGCUUUGUAUCUCCUUUGGCCUUAUGCAAGACCUAUGUGCUGUAAGUGCCAUUUAUCAGUAUUACGAAGGCUCUAAGCAGCCUUUAUCCAAUGUGUGGCCUACAAUAACUAGCAUUUGUUGAUUUGUAUCAAACUUCUAAACUAUUCAUGGGGAAAAAACACUCAGCCAUCAGAGAAGUAAGAACACUGGUAUAUUUCAUUAUUUAAUUAUUUGGUGGUAUUUUGGGUUAAUACCUGACUUGCAGAAUUUCUCUACAAUAAUUACAAGGGAAAUUUUCUAAUCUGCUUUAUUGCUUUAUUGGUUUACUUUAAUUUCAGACACAUACAUGACAUGUUAUCUGGCUCAUAAGUAUUUUCAAAUGUUAGUUAUUAUGGACCCCAUUUAUUAACAAUGUUAGCUGAUUUUUACCUAUCAGUAUUAUUUUAUUUCUUUUAGUUUAUAGAUCUGUGCAACAUUUUGUACUGUAUGUCUUCAAACCUGGCAGUAUUAAUACCCUUCUUACUGACAUAUGUACCUUUUUAGUUUUAGAAAACUUUUAUAUUUAUGUGUCUUAUUUUUAUAUUUCUUUAUUUAUUACACAGUGUAGUGUAUAAUACUGUAGUUUGUAUUAAUACAAUAAUAUAUUUUAGUAUGAAAAUUUGGAAAGUUGAUAAGAUUUAAAGUAGAGAUGCAAUCGGUUCUCUUGCAUUGAGAUUUGAUUUAACAGUGUUAUGUUAACAUUUAUACUUGCCUUGGACUGUAGAACAGAAGAAUUAAAAUGGGAAUGUAUUAAUUUUACAAUUGCAAUCAAUUCAUUUUACCUUUACCCAGUUUUUAAUAUAAAGCUCUUAAAUUUUGAAAUUCACUGUGUGACUAAUAGCAUGAUGCUCUGCAGUUUUAUUAAGAGAUUAGUCUAACCAUAAAACUCUCAUUUCCUUAGUAAGCCAAAUUAGAAUAAUCUUAUAAAACAGUGUUGGGAACAAUGUUUAACAUUUUUGUGCCAAUUUGUUCCUGUAUUCAUGUAUGUAUGUUACAAAUCUGAAACUUCAUUUUUAAGUUCCUUGUUACAUCAUGGUCAUUUUCUAGUUUUUUACCAGACUCCCCAUCUCACAAUAAAAUGCGUCAACAAGUCUGA